AUGUCCUCCGCCUCAAGAAUCCUCUUCACCAGCACGACCCGCGCCCUCAGCGCGCGCGGCUUCAGCACCUCCACGAGACGCAUGGCCGACGCCCCCCUCCCUGCAAAACGGCCGAUGGGAGCUUUCCGCGGCGGGCUCUUCGGCUUCCUGUUCGGGUGUGUCCUGUCCGGGAGCGCGGUCUACACGUACCUUAUCCAGGAGUACAAGGCGUCGAACGACAUGCUCACGGAGGAUAUCUACACGCUGCAAGCUUCGGUUACCCGCUUGACAAACUAUGUCAAGGCCCUCGAACAAAAGACACAGCAGAAGAAAUAA